CUGUUAUAACGAGCCGUCUGAAAGGUGAGAAAUUCCUUCGUAUACGCCUCUCUGUCUUUGUCGCCCAGACAGGAGAUUCAGGGCCUAGGGUUUCUCCCUCAAAUUCCCAGAGAAAGAGAGAUGGUGGGCCACGUUCAUGGCAUCGGCCAUUCCCUGGAGAUGGUAGAGACGGUGCUGGAAGUCGCUGACGUUGCGUGGAAUGCUAUCGAGCACCAUCGCCACGCCGCUAAGGACCAUCGCCAAGCCGCUAAGGAGCACCAGUGCACAUCCUUAGACGAAGAGAUCGAUGCCCUCCAAUCCGAGAACCAACGGCUCCGAUCGCAAUUGAGGGAGAAUAUCAACCUUCUCAAAAAUCUCACCCAAACCCCAGCCCUAUCCAAAGACUGCCCUCCCGACCUGUAUUCACGUCUCGUAGCUACUGUGGAUUCUUCAAACUUCUUGACCCAACUUGAAUCACUCCAAAAGGCAUCCACGGUCAUGCCAGGCCAUGAUUUUCCUUUCAAAGAAGCCACAGGAGCAGAUUUGCAUUCAGUGGAAACUUUGGUCAAUGUUGAUAUUGAAGAACCCAGUUGGUGGGUAUGGGUCACACAUGACAUGGUUCCUAGUAAUACAGAAGAGCGUAGUGGAAUUGAUGAUGAGAGUUAUGUGAUUAUUACCGAGGAGCUUGUGGUUGAUGGGGUUGCCAACUUCAUGGCUAGGUGUAUUCUUGCAAACCCAAAAUCUAAGAGCUUAACACCAGAGGAACUGCAGAAAACUGUGACAAAAGCCUUGGGCGACAUGAGCAACUGGAGUAAAAUGAGGAAAGUAUGGCAUGCCAGCCAGCUCAUUUAUGCCCUCGCAACGUGGGGAAUUACUUUGGCAGCGUUGUAUAGGCACCCAACUAUUGUGAAAGCCGCAGUUAAGGGGAUUGGAGCAUCCGGCAAAGUUAUCAUGAAGGCUAUCUGAUUGUUUCCAGGGUAUAAAAAUUGUAAAUACUAUUGUUUCCGUGUGCAAUCAUCAUGUACAGCAAACCAUAUUCUCAGUGUGUCUAUACGCCCCAAGGAUUUAUCCGUUUGUUAUUCUUCA